GCCGAUUCAGAUGGGAGGACCUGGUCGGGCCAAUUUUCCACUCCGAUCAAGAAACCAAUUUUUCUUUGGGCGGUGCUCCAAACCCUAAUCAGACGCCGCACACUCCAGACACGGGAUCCUCCUCGAUCCGCCUUCUUGUCGAGCGAAAGUCUCCUUCUCGCCGACAUUGCUGGUGUGGUUGGCAGAGCAUGCUGGGCAUCUCGGCGGCUCUCUUGUCGUCCGCCAACGCCGGUGGGCUGCGCUUCUCCUUUCCUUGCUUUGCCACACGGGGGGCACGGCGCACUAUGAUGCCGCCUUCCUCCUCCUCCCUUAACCUCUCAUCUCCCCACGCCUUCGCUUCGUCCGCCAACGACCCGACCAACCCCAAGAAACCUUGGUUGCUUGUCGGCCUUGGCAACCCGGGCAAGAUGUACCAAGGAACCCGCCACAACGUUGGUUUCGAGAUGUUAGAUGCUAUAGCUGAAGCUGAGGGCAUAUCUGUGAGCAAAUUACGCUUCCGAGCAAUGUUUGGGGAAGGCUGCAUUGGAAAUGCUCCUGUCAUGCUCGCCAAACCACAAACUUUUAUGAAUGCAAGUGGUGAGUCUGUUGGAUCACUUGUCUCAUAUUUCAACAUACCACUGAAUCAAGUACUUCUGAUGUAUGAUGACCUAGACUUACCUUUUGCAAAAUUGCGUCUAUUGCCAAAGGGUGGGCAUGGAGGCCACAAUGGGAUGCGAAGUGUAAUCAACCACUUUAAGGGGAGUCGUGAUUUUCCACGUCUACGAAUAGGCAUUGGACGACCACCAGGGAAGAUGGAUCCUGCCAAUUUUGUUCUCAGACCCUUCAACAAGCAAGAGCGUGAAGAGAUUGACUUCACGUUUCAGAGGGGAAUAGAAGCAAUAAGGAUUUUAGUGCUCGAGGGGAUCAACAAAAGUGCAACUUUUGUGAAUAGUGUGCAGUCAUCAGAACUCUUGAACAACUGAAAACCAAUCAGAUUGUCCGUCAAUCAAUGUUGAGAAAUAUGAAUUACCAGAUUACACCAGUGGCUUCAUGUCGACCAUAUGCUGAAAGUUGCGAACCUCCUGGGAGGAAGCCUUGGCAAGUGCAACAUUAUGAUGUGAAGGUGAGGCGAGUACCAUUGCUUGGUAUUUAGGCAGCAUUUUGUUUGUCAAAUGAGUAAUUGAUUUUUGACUGACACGAUGUGCACCUUUGUUUUCUUCCUAUUCUAUAACUGCAAUGAAGCACAUGAUUAAUAUUGGAACAAAUUCACAUUAAAUUGCAAAAGGAGCUACAAAUUGUUUUUGUUUA